AUGUUUCUGACAACUGUGCGAAAUUCGGCCUCUAACGUGCUCAAAUCGUUCGCUCCGCUUUUCGAUCGAGUUCUCGUGGAGAGGUUCACGCCAGAGUUGAAAACGAAAGGAGGGAUCAUGUUGCCCGAGAAAUCGCAGGGGAAAGUCCUCGAGGCGACCGUCGUUGCGGCUGGACCGGGAUUGAGGAAUGAACAAGGGGUGACUGUGCCGAUGAAUGUGAAAGUCGGAGAUCGAGUGCUGCUGCCGGAGUUCGGUGGAACCAAGGUGCUUCUCGAGGAAAAAGAGUACACGAUCCUUCGCGAGAGCGAUAUUCUUGGGAAAUUCUCCUCG